AUGACUGAUAUCCUAGAACGUUUAGCGGAAAGACAUGGUCCUGGACCACUUAACCAACCUGGGGGACAGGAUAGAGGAGAGGAUAGAGCCUUAGAAAGGUUUUUGAAGUUUAAUCCGCCUAAGUUUAUUGGUGAAACCGAUCCUGAGAUAGCAGAGAAUUGGUUGGAGAGAAUGAUCAAUAUAUUUGCCACAUUAGACUAUACCAAUGAUAGGCGAGUGAAUUUUACUGCAUUCCAAUUUGAGGGAGUGGCACAGAAAAGGGAGGAUGAAUUCAUCAAGUUAAAACAAAGGACCCUUAGUGUAGCGAAAUAUGAAGGGAAGUUCACUAAGUUUUCCAAGUAUGCCUCUAAGUUGGUAAUUAAUGAGCGAAAACGGAUAAGACGGUUUGUACAGGGAUUUAAUGUGAAAAUCCAGGAGGGCAUAGCCGCAGCCCAAAUCUCUACUUUUACUGAGACCCUCGAGAAAGCUCAAAGGGUUGAGAGUGCAAGAAUGCAAGUAAGGGACUUUCACAAUUGGAAGAGGAACUUUUCUAGUCGUACUUCUGGACAGACUAGUAAGAAUACUCAGCCUUCCAAAAAUGGAAGAGGAAUGGGAGGAAUAAGGACUAUUGGAGCUAGGGUAUCUUUAUCCAAAGGAGGUCGUAGUGGUUCGAUUCAAGCUAAGGGAGUGUCUUCUAGUGGUUCAGCCGUGACUCCUCAAGUUACUUGUGGGUACUGUGGUAAACCCAACCAUUCUGAGAAUGACUGCUGGAGGAAGUCAAGAAAAUGUCUGGUUUGUGGGAGUGUCGAACACCAACUCGCAGGUUGUCCAAAGGCACCAAAAUUAGGAGGUAACCCUCAGAGGUCAGAAAAGUCAACUUCUAAGCAAACCAGUGCUGGAGGGAGCCGACCUAAGGUACCAGCUAGGGUUUAUGCACUGGAUCAUCAACAGAUACCUGAUGCGACUGAGGUGGUUGAAGGCGGUGGAGUUGAUGAAGAAAGUGAUGGCUCUCGGUCCCCUUCACCAGCUCGCAGGCUAGCUGUGAAGUUGGUGGGUGUGGUUGAGCUCAGCUGGUGGAGGUCUUGGAAGUGCAGAGUGGUGUCCGAUUCUCUCCCCUCAGCUCACGGACAGAACAGAAACGAAGAGCUCCCCGUUACCUUUCCUUCCUCUCGGCUGUAA